AUGCUACGGCUAAGAUUAAUCCACUACACACUCACCAUAUCUGCGAUCAUAGUCUUCAUGUUUUUCAUCGUUUCCAACAUCAAAUACACCUCCAACCCCACCACCAAAAUCCAAGCUUCUCCGCCACCCUUCACCCUCCUCAUCGGCAUCCUCACCCGCCCCGAUAGCUACGACCGCCGCCACUUCCUCCGCCUCAUGUACGCCACACAAACGCAGAGCACCGCCACAUUCACAAUCACAGUCAAGUUCGUCCUCUGCAACCUCACCAAGCCCGAACAGCGCGCCUUCGUCGCCCUCGAGAUCAUGCGCUUCGACGACAUCAUCAUCCUCAACUGCCCCGAGAACAUGAACGCCGGAAAAACCUACACCUACUUCUCCUCCCUCCCCAGGAUCCUCCCGGCCAGAUUUUUCCAUUCCCACAGGUACGACUAUGUGAUGAAGGCCGACGACGACGUCUACCUGCGCCUGGAGCAGCUGGCCACGUCGCUAAGCCCUCUCCCGAGGCAGGACUUGUACUACGGCUUCGUGAUCCCUUGCCAGAGCAUGAAUCCGUUUGUUCACUACAUGUCCGGGAUGGGGUUUGUGCUGUCGUGGGACCUUGUUGAGUGGAUAGGCGCCUCGUUGAUCCCGUUGAACCAUACGGUUGGGCCGGAGGAUAAGCUGGUGGGAGAGUGGCUGAAUCGGGGGAAUAAGGCCAAGAAUAGGGUUUCGAACAAGCCGGCAAUGUAUGACUAUCCACGUACUAAUGGUAGAUGCUCGCAUGACCUUGUUCCGGACACCAUCGCGGUUCAUCGGCUUAAGAGAUGGGAGCAGUGGCUGGAUGUACUUACUUUCUUCAAUGUCACUAACCAGGUUAAGCCAUCUACGUUGUAUACUUUGUGA